AUGGGGGAUCUUCUCAAGCUUGGAACAUAUGCAGCUCCGGCUUUCAUCGUGGCCACGACGAUUCCCGUGGUCUGGAAGUUCGCCAAGAACAUACGACGGCCACGGCAGACUAAGAAUGAGGGUCUGUACGAGGAUAGAGAUGGCAAGGCUACUGAGGAGUCGAUGGCAGCUUAUUCGACGAAGAAGCAGUUUAUCGUGAUCUUCAUUGGCCUUGGAAUCGGGCUGCUUGCUUCCCUUGCUCUCGUCGUCAACACCUUUGCCCAGAUCUUGGAAUUCCAUGACCCGGCUUUGAUACUGGUUACCUUUGCGUGCUGGAUUUUAGCACUCAUUCAAACCUUAGACACGUUCCGAGAGACCCGCGUUGUGCCCCGAUAUCAAAAAGGCAUACGGACUUCUUUCUCCUACCUUUUCCUUGCCGCACUCACUGGCAUCAUUCUCUCUAGAGAGGACACACUUAUAGGCCCUCCUGGGAAUAUACUUUUGCCGGUAACAAGCGCAAUCCAGAUCUUUUCUGCUCUCGCGGUCUUCUUUGGCUUCGUCUCCAUCCAGCGCCGGCCUGAUGUCUUCACUCCGGAAGGAAAGGUCGUCGAGCGCCAGUACACCGCCUCACUCUGGACGAAAUACUCUUAUGACUGGAGCUCUGACAUUUUGGAUAUAUCGGCAAAAAAGUUGGUCGAGUUCUCUGACCUACCCGCAAUGGACUCGUACAGGCGAGCGAAGGAUGUGAAGCACACAUUCCGGUCGAUUGUUUUGAAGCCUACAGUGUCUCUUUGGCUUCAGAUCUUUUGGGCAUGGAAGUGGCAAUUGAUAUACCAAGCAGUGAUGUGUGUCGUCUCAUCCGCGGCAGACGUCCUCCCUCAAAUCUCGAUGCUGAAAUUAUUGGAGUACCUCGAGCAACGGAAAGAAUCCGGCAUCAUCGACUCCAAGGCUUGGGUCUGUGUGGUCUUACUCUUCUUAGCCACUAUUAUCGAAACAAUGGUUGAUUACCGCAUUGGUUGGCUCAUGUGGUCCGAUCUUGGAAUUCCCAUCCGAACCACACUCACGACUCUAAUGUUUGAAAAGAUGAUGAAGAUCAAGGACUGCAAGGAACCGCCGAAAGAAGAGAAAACAGAUGAGAAAGACAAGGACAAGGAUGCAAAUGGCAAUCCAGCUGAGGUUCCCAAAGAAUCGAAGGUUGAUGCUAAAAAGAAGGAAGAAAAAAAGAAAAAGGCUGCUCAAAGUGACCAGGAUAUCAUUAACAUGUUCGCUGUGGAUACGAAUCAAGUCGGUGUUUUCGGAGCCAUCAAUCAGUUCUACCUGCUGUUUGUUUCCAAGCUCGCUGUCUCGGUCACUUUUCUGUGGUACUUGGUGGGCUGGGAGAGUUUGCUGGCUGGAAUGGUGUCCGUCGUCCUGGUCUUCCCAGUGAACAAGUGGCUCACCUACCGCUACGGAGCCUUCCAAAAGAAAUUGAUGGCAACUCGGGACAAGAAAACCAAGGUGGUGUCAGAGGCAUUGCAAGGAAUCAGGCAGAUCAAAUUCUCAGCGAUUGAACCGGAGUGGACUGACAAGAUCAACAAAGCCCGUGAUGAAGAGCUCGCUCAAUUAUGGCAGACUAAGUUGAACAAUCUGUAUAUGAUGCUUGGAGCGGAGAUUGGUCCAGUUUUGUUGACUGUUUCGACGCUGGCGACUUUUGCCUGGCUCCGGGGCACCCUACUUCCAUCCGUGGCUUUCACGGCCUUAGGCGUCUUGAUGCAGCUCGAAGGUGUUUUGGGCAUGCUCCCAUUUCUUUUAGUCUUGGGAAUCAAUGCUAAAGUCUCUUGCGAUCGCAUUGAUAACUUCUUGCGCUCCCCCGAGAAACCAGAAAAUACGUUACCUGGUGAUUCGGUCAUCUUCAACAAGGCCACGGUCAGCUUCCCGUCGAAAGGGGAUUCUGGGGAGAAAGAAGAGGAUCAAGACGAAGAGGAAGCAAAUGCCGCUCGUUUAGCAUUGGAGAAUCGAUUCGUCCUUCGUGAUCUCAAUCUGGAGUUCCCUAACAAUUCCCUGUCGGUUAUCUCAGGGCCUACUGGAUCAGGAAAGUCAUUGCUUCUCGCUGCCAUUCUGGGCGAGGUUGAUGUCUUGGAAGGGUCCAUUACUGUUCCGCGAGCACCUCCAGUCGACCAACGAUUUGACAGCAAAGCAACUGCCGCCGAUUGGAUUAUUCCCUCAUCCAUCGCAUUUGUGGCCCAGACCCCAUGGAUCGAGAACAUGUCAAUCAGAGACAACAUCUUGUUCGGCCUCCCUUAUGACAAAACUCGCUACAACAAAGUCCUCCAAGCAGUUGCUCUCGCCAAAGAUCUCGACCACUUCGAUGACGGCGAUUUGACAGAAGUUGGAGCUCAAGGAAUCAGUCUCAGUGGAGGUCAGAAAUGGCGUCUGACUCUCGCUCGUGCAUUCUAUUCUCGGGCUGGGAUUCUGAUUCUCGAUGAUGUUUUUUCGGCUCUUGAUACGCAUGUUGGGAAACAUAUCUACGAUAACGCGCUUAUGGGGGAGCUUUCUGAGGGACGGACGAGGAUUUUGGCUACUCAUCAUGUCUCGCUAACUCUUGCGAGGGCUGAGUAUGCGGUUUUCUUGUCUGCUAAUGGGACGCUGGAACAUGCUGGUCUUGCGGUGGACCUUGAGAAGACAGGCAGUUUUGAGAAUAUCCUCAAGGCCGAGGAAGGAGAGGCCACUGGACAAGAGGAAGACAAUAUCAAGGCAGCCCCAGACGGAGAGACUAACGGUACCGCGGCCAAGGACGACAAGAAAGUUCCAAAGAAGCUUGUUGAGGAUGAAGCCCGUGAAACUGGCGCGGUCAAACGAAGUGUCUAUAUGAGUUAUCUCAAAGCAACUGGUGGCAUUCCGUUCUGGGCAUUCGUUCUCAGUUUCUACAUUAUUGCGCAAUCCCUUACGUUGGGUCGUUCUUGGUGGAUCAAAAUCUGGACAUCCAGCACUGGACAAACUGCUGGACUGGGCACAUUUGCACAGAUCUAUAACCUGCAGACACACCUCACCGGCAUUUUGGGACCACCACCCGUCAAUGCAUCAUUUACAACGACAUCUCCAGGAGGAAACUACGCUGAUCUUGCCUCUUGGUCAGUUCCAAGUACGUUCUCCAUGCUCACAGGAUAUAUCGGAUCUUCUAUCUCCAACGCCAUCCCUAGCUCACAGGCUACUGUGACUUCGCAAACAGUUUCAACAUCCACAUUCCCAAUCGAGAUAAGUAACCGUAACCUGGCUUUCUACCUUGUCGGCUAUGUAAUCAUCUCGCUGGUGUCCACACUCAUCGACGUUGGCCGCUACUACGUUGUCUUCCGAGGCUCCCUUUCAGCUUCGCGAAAGGUUUUCCAAGAACUUACAUACAGAGUCCUUCGAACACCAUUGAGAUGGCUCGAUACCGUCCCAACAGGCCGGAUCCUGAACCGGUUCACUGCCGACUUCCAAGCUGUGGAUUCUCAACUCUCAUCCAACUUUGCAUCCGUUGCUGCGUCGUGCCUCGCUAUUAUCGGAAUCAUGGUCUCCGCAUUUAUCAUAUCACCGUACAUCAUCAUACUAGCACUCAUCAUCUUGGGGUUUUGCGGUCGUGUUGGGCUCCGGUACAUCAGAGGAGCGCGUUCAAUCAAGCGUCUCGAGUCUAUUCAAAAGUCUCCCAUGAUUUCUCAUUUCACAGCUUCUCUGCAAGGACUCAGCACCAUCCGCGCCUUCGCCAACCAAGGAGUCUUUGAGAAGCGGAUGGAUGAUCUGAUCAACUCUUAUUCGACGGCAACAUGGCACAAUUGGCUCUUCCAUAACUGGGUUGGUUACAACAUGUCCUUGAUUGGUUCCAUCUUUUCGGGUGUUGUUGCUGCUUUCGUCGUGUCGACCCCGCAUGUUGGCGCUUCUUUGGGAGGGUUCGCGCUCGCAUUUGCGCUGUCGUAUCGUAGGGCUGUGAAUAUGACUCUCCGUCAGGUCGCUGCUACCGAACUUGACAUGAACGCAGCAGAGAGAAUUUUUGAGUACUCUGCUCUCGAUAUCGAGACCGAGAAAGGGGUUGAUGUUCGUGCUUCUUGGCCCGAAAAAGGAGAACUUGAAGUCAAAGAUCUGGAAGUGGGGUAUGCAGAAGGUCUGCCUUCAAUUCUGAAAGGCUUGAACUUUCACGCAGAUAUGAAUGGGAGAGUUGGAAUCGUCGGAAGGACUGGCGCUGGCAAAUCUACGCUGUCUUUAGCACUCUUUCGCUUCCUCGAGGCGCGAAAAGGAAGCAUCACCAUCGACGGGGUCGACAUUUCGACUGUCCGCCUACAUGAUCUACGCACACGCCUGGCCAUCAUCCCGCAAGAUCCCGUCUUGUUCUCCGGCACGAUCCGCUCGAAUCUCGACCCCUUUGACCAGUUCCCUGAUUUCCAGCUGCACGAAGCGCUGCAGCGCGUGCAUCUCAUUCCUUCUGCUGACAACACGCCGGUUCCCGAACUGCUUGUCCCGGAAUCUCCAACGCCAACAGAGGGAGCAAGCAGCGCUACCUCCCUCACGGCCACAGAGCCAGCGGCAAAAGAAAAUACAAACAUCUUCCUCUCGCUCUCCUCUCCCAUCUCCUCCGCUGGCGCCAAUCUCUCCCAAGGCCAGAAACAACUCCUCUGCCUCGCGCGCGCCAUCUUGUCCCGCCCAAAGCUCGUACUGUUAGACGAAGCUACAAGUGCAGUGGAUAAAAACACCGAUAAGUUGAUCCAGAGGAGCAUCAGAGAGGAGUUUGCGAAUACGACGCUACUGGUUGUGGCGCAUAGACUGAGUACGGUGAUGGAUUUCGAUCGGAUUCUUGUCAUGAGAGAUGGUGUUGCUGCGGAGUUUGGAAGUCCUAGGGAAUUGUUGAACAUUGAAGAGGGGGUGUUUAAAGGUAUGGUUGCUCAGAGUGGGGAGAGGGGGGAGUUGGAGGGGAUGGUGGAAGGUUAGAGUGAGAGUGCGUGUGAAGGAGUAAAAUGUAUAUGAAAGAAACGAUUGUUUGGAGUAUUAAAAGUAUACGAAAGAAACGAUUGUUUGGGGUAAAUAAAAGUAGAAAUUAGAUUUCCCCUUUUCUGUUCUUAAAGAUUUGAGUAUUUAUUUUACAAUUAUUGAGCGACGUUUUUUCUUCUCUUUGCAAACACAGUCUCAAUG